CAAACGUGGCUUUCCAAGUGCUGAAUCUAUACAAUAUAUAUAUACGUAGUUGUGGCUGAGUUACCCCGAAGGAAACCAGCGAAAAUGUCGCAGCUGCAAUUGCUGUUGCUUAUAGUUUAUGCAUCCGUGGUUUGGGGCGCAUACAGUUCGUCCACUGAUGAAGCUGGUUCGGCAGAUGCCUCCAACUCCAUUGGGGGAACCAAGUGCGACAAGAAUCCGCUAAGUGAAUUAACCUUUCAGCUGAGUGGAAGCAGUCUCCACUGGCCCUGUGAAUCCACCAAGAAUAUAUACGUUCAGUCGGGCAGAUAUGUGCCCAGAAAUGUGAUUGUGACCCGGGCUCAACUGCAGCGGGAUUCGGCCUUUGUGGCCUUGCCAAGGUAUAAGCAGGGGGUGCCCUUCACCCUCGGCAAGGUCAACCUGAAGAAGGGCGAGUGCCUGACCAAGAUAGCCCCAUAUCCCUGCUGGGCCAUCCAGGAGGAGGGCAACUGCCAGGCCCUUCAGUCCGUCGUCGACAUUGCCGUCGAUCCGAAUGGACUUUUGUGGGCCUUGGACGUGGGCAUUGUCAACACCUUGGAGCAGCCCAUCAGGAGGUGCAGUCCCAAGAUCGUGGCCAUAAACACGGCCAACAACAAGGUGGUCAAGAGCAUCGACCUGAGUGACCUGGUCACCUCCGAGAGCCGCCUGCAGUUCAUUGUCGUUGACUACUCCAAGGACAAUAAGCCAUUCGUAUAUGUGGCUGAUGCCGGAGCGCGCAGUAUCCUGGUGUACGACAUCACCGGCAACAAGUCGUACCGCAUUGUCCUUCCGAAGGCCACCGCUCCCACCAGCGAUGUCCUGUACGUGGCCCUUACCUCGAAGCCCGAUGGAACCUCCACCCUGUUUUUCAGCUACCUCAGCUCACCGCGACUGUACUCCAUAAAGGGCGAGUACUUGCGAGUGGGUCAGGGAGCGGGUUCCAUCAUCGAUGUGGGUCCCAAGCCCUACGGGAAACAGGCUGUGCUCCUGGGAGCCGACGGAGGCACCUCCCUCUUCUUCCGCUACAAGGGCGAGAAUGAUAUAUACCUGUGGGACUCGGAGACCUGCUUCAAGGCCGCCAAUCUGCAGGAGGUGCAGCGCGGUGGCGACUGCCGCCUCUCCACCCAGGUCCUGCCGGGACACAAGCGAUUCAUGUGGGCGCUGGAGAGCAACUUCCACGACUUCAUCUCGGACCGGACGGGCUGCAAUGGAGCCUCGAUCGUCCUGCAUCCCGUGGUCAGGGAGUGCGACGACUAGGGAUCGCUCCACUUCAUUAGCUCUAAGAUUCGCAUUGAAUUGUUUUCGUUAUUGGGUCAAAGUAAAAUUUGGUGAUUGCUCAAAA